CUGAUAGUUGAAUGAUUAAGUCCUGGUACAUCCCUCCCAUGGUGCAUGCACCCACACCACCCUUUUAAGUCAUGGAUAAAAGACAAAAUGAGUAAAUGACACUCAUCCCACAUUGGCUAUAAAAUCGGCAUCUUGCCCGAUCACAUGCAAAACUUUGAUAACCUUUGUUUCCUACCCAAUUCCCUAUCAAGCUAGUUACACCAAACUCAACAAACACAAAUGAAAUCCUCUACCGUGAUUCUAUACCCAUCUCCAGGAAUCGGCCAUCUGGUGUCCAUGGUGGAGAUUGGAAAACUCAUCCACACCCACCACCCUUCACUCUCCGUUGUCAUCCUCAUCAUCCCCGCUCAUUACGAAACCGGCUCAACCGGUAAAUACAUCAACACUGUCUCCACCACCACCCCGUCCAUCACAUUCCACCACCUCCCAGCCAUCCCUCUUCCACCCGACUUCUCUUCCGAUUUCGAGGAUCUUGCUUUCGGCAUCCCUGAGCUUUACAACCCGGUCCUUCACGACACCCUCGUAACCAUCUCACAAACAUCAACCAUAAAAGCUGUGAUCCUUGAUUUCUAUGUAGAUGCAGCUUUUCAAGUCACUAAAAGUCUCAGCUUACCCACUUACUAUUUCUACACCAGUGGUGCUUCUGGCCUUUGUGGCUUCUUGUAUUCCCCAUACGCCCACAAAACCACUUGUAAAAGCUAUAAAGAUGUAAAUGAUUUCUUGGACAUUCCUGGGGUACCUCGGAUGCAUUCUUCGUACAUGCCGACAGCUGUAAGUGAUAGGGAAAGUAAUUCCUACAAAUACUUCUUGAAAUCAGCACUUAACAUGGCAAAAUCUUCUGGUGUCAUUGCGAACAGCUUCUUUGAGUUAGAGGAAAGAGCGGCUCGGACUCUCCGGGAUGGUAAGUGCAUCCCGGAGGGUCCAACUCCGCCUACUUAUCUUAUCGGGCCUUUGCUCGCCAGUGGCGAGCAAGUGGAUGACGAUGAUGAUGAACACGAGUGUUUGAAAUGGCUGAAGACACAACCUAGUAAGAGUGUGGUGUUUUUAUGCUUUGGGAGUAUGGGGGUGUUUAAAAAACAGCAGUUGAAGGAAAUAGCUUUUGGGUUAGAGAGAAGUGGGAAAAGAUUUUUGUGGGUGGUGCGCAACCCGAUGAUAACAGAUUGCGAAAAAGAGUCGAGCUUAAAAGAGUUUGAACUUGAAGAUGUUCUUCCUGAAGGGUUUUUAACUAGGACUAGGAGUAAGGGAAUGGUGGUGAAGAACUGGGCCCCUCAGCCAGCGAUACUUGGUCAUGAGUCGGUGGGUGGGUUUGUGAGUCACUGUGGGUGGAACUCCGCGCUUGAAGCGGUGGUUUGUGGUGUGCCAAUAGUGGCAUGGCCGUUGUAUGCGGAGCAGAAGAUGAAUAGGGUGUAUUUGGUUGAGGAAAUAAAGGUGGCACUAUGGUUGGAAAUGUCGGCGGAUGGGUUUGUGAGUGCGGAUGCAGUGGAGGAGACGGUUAAGCAGUUGAUGGACGGUGAGGAAGGGAGGGCGGUGAGAGAACGGGUCUCGGAGAUGAGUGGAAGGGCAAAGGCUGCGGUGGAGGAUGGCGGUUCCUCUCGAGUUGAUUUCUUGAAAUUAACUCGACCGUGGACCGACCAAUGACUUAGUUACUAUCAUGGUUGAGAUAAAACUUUCUGCUUUAAGUUUAACAAGGCGAUGUCUUUUUUUAAUUUUGAAUGUAUUGUUGCAAUUUGUUUAUUUUUACCUACGUUUCAAGUUGUCAUUAAAUCUUUGGUUGUAUGAAACCGCAACAUGAUUAUUUACACCUA